ACAGCUGUCCAUUUUUAAACCGCUACUUUGUUGACUGUUCUGCUUGGUGAAGCUUCCACAGUGCGAGCUACAAAUAUUAUCACGGCCGUCCCUGCCUAAAGCCUUGUGCUUCAUUUCUCGCUCUUUCUCGUAUACGUGUACACGUUUGUUUACACAAUAUUCGAACGGCUAUUUUACGAUCAGGGGCCUUGCUGAUCCCGCCACUAUAAUACCAAUAUGAGUGUGAGAACCAGGAGACAGAUUGCCAGAACGGCUGCGGCUGAGGACAAGCCAACCCCUUCCACAACCAAUGGAUCGCCACGUUCAAGACCAAGUGAUAAGAUCGCAAAAGAUGACCAGUACGAAAAUAUUUUCUUGUUCUGGCCCAAUCUUGUUGGCUACGCACGAGUCGUUCUCGCAAUAGCAUCGUUAUACUACAUGCCCCUCCACCCCCGCACGUGUUCAUUUCUAUACAGUAUUUCGUGUUUGCUAGAUGCCUUGGAUGGAUAUCUCGCGCGACUGUUCCAUCAGUCCACCACCUUCGGCAGUGUUCUCGACAUGGUGACUGAUCGUUGCACAACCGCGUGCCUGUUGGUUUUCUUGAGCUCGGCUUGGCCACGCUGGUCAAUCAUCUUCCAGGGCUUGAUUAGCUUGGAUCUGGCCAGCCACUACAUGCACAUGUACGCAACACUGAGUAUGGGUGGCUCGGGACAUAGUCACAAAAAGGUCGACGAGAGCCGUAGCUGGAUCUUGCACCAAUACUAUACAAGCCGGACUGUGCUUUUCAUCUUUUGCGCUCUCAACGAGCUCUUCUUCAUCGGCUUAUAUCUAUUGUCAUUUUCCUCGCCAAUCUUGUCCCCCUCUCUCUUGCAGCCAACCCCGGGUUCCCAGCCCCUGACGGCCCAACCUGGCAACCCAGCUCAUCAAGCCCCUUCGACUUUGUUCGCCAGUCCUUGGAGUGCUGGUGCACUUGAAAUGGCCCGUGCCAAUAAGCUGGACAGCACUAUCCCGUGGAUAAUCACCGCGGUUUCGGCCCCUGUCAUGGCUGCAAAGCAAUUCAUCAAUGUGGUACAGCUUAUCAAGGCCAGCAAUUGGCUCGCAGAGGGCGACCUUGCCAAACGCAAGGCUGACCGGGCCGAGGGCAAGCUGGCCUAGACUUCAACAUUUUCAAGGAGAACAACUCGGACCAAAUUCCACGGAAAAUUCUUCUCCCUGUUCUUUUCUAGGGGCUUUAACAAAUAUUUGGUCGUUCUGCGACUGAUGUAUGCGAGAUGGUUCAAACAGUGCAUUAUCAAUUGCUGCGAGGCUAUUGGAUGGCGACUGAUAUGCAGCUGGAGAUUGUGUAUAUGACGGUCAUAAUUCAUAUGAUGGGGCUGGCGUCGUCGGAAAUCUUACCAGUAGGGCUAGAAUCUUGCGCUCAUUUUUUACUAUUUGUCUUAAUCACCAUCGACAUUCUUUACCGGGCAUUAAUUGAUUAAUAAUUAAUAACAUUGAACAUAUC